AUGACGACCCAUGAGUACACCGAACUCCCCGAACGGGCGAAGAAGACGAUCGAAAACUUCAUUCCGAGCGACAAGUUAGUGGAGGAACGCGCCAAAGAUUUUGCCUUUGUGAAGCAGCGAGAUUUAGACACGGAAGGUAGCACAGAAGUCUUGGACGGUGUGGCUUUUACACACCAUUUCGUGGACGCCCCUGGAGACCAUGAGACAGUCCGAUUUCAUUAUGCAGAAGCUGGGCCGGCCACUGGAGAGUCUAUUGUCUUGCUGCACGGCAUUCCCGACUCCUGGUUUCAAUGGCAUCAUCAAAUGGCCACCCUUGCAAAGGCUGGAUAUCGUUGCAUUGCGCCUGACCUGAAAGGCUAUGGCCAGUCGGAGAAGAAACCAGGUGACUAUCGUCACGAAGGCGCAGCUGAGAAUAUGUACGCCAUGCUUCAACAGAUUGGACUCGUACAGUUCAAUGUUGUUAGUCACGACCGAGGCACUGUGCAGGGCGACUACAUCGCUGCUAAACAUCCUGCGGCCGUACUUCGCUACGGCCGCGGUGAGCAGCAUCUCUACCACUUUAACCCGGUUCUCGCACCACAGGGCGACAUCUUCAAGGACGCACCCUACAACGGCAUCAUGAAAGACCCAGCCCGGUUUGUCGUUUGGGUGUAUACCUGGAUCGCCAAGGUGCCGAUACCUGACGAAAUAUUCACGCGUGUGAUACAAGAAUACUGUUAUCCCGAAAUCACACACGCCGUCCCCCGUUAUUUCAAUUCAUCUUCGUUCCGCGCGGAGUGA